AUGUUAAUACAUUUUAAGAUUAAUUUAAUUUAUUUAACGCUAUUGUUUGGGAUUAUUGGUUUAAAUGGAGAGAAGAACGAGCAGGUUACAAUCGAUAUAAACAAGGAUGCUACGAACCCUAGGAAAAAUCACUAUAUAGUCAACAGGGAUAUUGUUUCCAUUGCUCCCGAUGGAUACACUGAGCACAUUUACGAGGAUGACAGUCUUUUUGACAUCACCAACUUGUUCUUUGGGAAAAAGAAACUAGAGGUUGGGACUAAGGAGCUGUCCGCCAAAUCAGUGGAAAAGGUGGGUGUUUUCUGGAAACAUGAAACUCCUGUACUUCUUUACUUCAAGCAGGCUCGGACUGUGAACAAUAAAGUGUACAUCUACUACAAACUGACGAGCAAGAAAGACUGGGCCAAAGUUGACUUAACUGAGGAGCUAUCCAAGCGUUUACCUCUCUCUGGUGAAGACCUUAAAAAUGUGCUAACUGACAUCGUAAAUGAUUUGGGCGAAAUUCCCGAAGAUCGACCUAUUUCAGGAAUUGGGUCAUUCCACUUGUCCUCAAUUUCUAUAUCUCUUCUCCUUCCAAUCCUUUUAACCAUUUUUUUCCAAUGA